UGGCCAAUUCCAACACAUCUUGUUUUAUUGGCGAUACCUUGAUAAUCGCAUACGCCUAAUAUUUGCCUGAUUUGAGAAGAGAUAAGGGGAAGCUGUGGCACUAGUUCUCUCAGCUACUUAAUCAUCAAUAUUGAAGAAUCGUUGAGCCGAGAAAUUUAACCAAUGGCUGUAUUGAAAGGGUUCCGACAAUUGGCGAUUACAUUGAAUGACACAGUGUUCAAUAUUCGCGAUCAGGAGGGGCGGAUACUUCUGCCGUUUUAUCUGUCCAGAGUCGUUCUUGUUUUCACACUGUGGGAUAAAAUAUGUGGCUCUGCUCCGUCUGAGUGAGUUGUGUUUCGCGUGUGACGGACAAUCGCGGUGUCGUCUGCUCGAGCGGAUGCCGUCUGUUCCUUGACGUUGAUAGACCAGACGAUGAAGUGCGGAGCCCAUCAAACUCUGAUGACCAGUCUGCACGAGCACGGACCUUUGGACAACAGGACUUUUGCCUCUGUAUCCACUUCAGCUUCUUUUUUCAUGGAACCCAGAAAGAAGACUGCUUUUUCUAUCCGUGAUUUGUUGGGUCUGAGACAAAACCAGGACCGAACACCGAAUUCCGGGUCUCCCAACGAGCUGAGCCUAACGCACAAGUCAAGCCACCUACCCGACCCCCGGGCGUCUCUGUUCUCCUUGGGGGCACCCCCAUCACGACAGGCCCAUCACGGGGGCUAUCCCUACCCACCAUGGGGCUCUCCCCUCAUUGACUCUCUGACCACUUCUGGACAAACUAUCCUCAACUUUAACAUUUUCCAGGCUGCGAAUAACAGAGAGUAUGGUAAAACAGAUGUGGAUGACAGAAAGUCAUUGCCUCAACAAUCGACAUUUGAGGCACUACACCUUUCUCAGCCUUCUGGUAAAAAGAAGAAGAAGAAGAGGCGACACAGGACUAUCUUCACCAGUUAUCAGCUUGAGGAGCUGGAGAAGGCAUUCAAAGAUGCCCACUAUCCCGAUGUACAGACCAGGGAGGUUUUAGCCAUGAAGACUAGUCUACCUGAAGAUAGAAUACAGGUAUGGUUUCAAAACAGACGAGCUAAGUGGCGGAAGACGGAGAAGACGUGGGGACGAAGCAGUAUAAUGGCAGAGUACGGGCUCUAUGGAGCGAUGGUCAGACACUCACUUCCGCUUCCGGAAACCAUAUUAAAAAGCGGAAAAGAAGGAGUUCUUGAUUCCUCUGCGCCAUGGUUACUCAGUAUGUAUCGUAAGUCCAGUGACCCUCAGACAAGGCUGAAAAGUGAUGAUGAAGAAAGCCGCGACUGUAACCCGGAAGUGAAAGAUAAAGAAGAGCUUCGGUCGGAAAGUAUCGCCGCACUUCGUGCGCGUGCACAGGAGCACACUGCCAGAAUCCAUCAGAAAGGAGACAGGGAAGACGAGAAAGGCAAAGGCGACAUUUCAGAAGAGAGCGCCGAUGAAGAGAGUCACGACGCCGCCGUGAGACUGCAGGCGACGGAGUUAGCCGAGAUGCCUGACUGAUAAUACUAGGCAGUACUGCUUGUCGUUUGUCUAUAUCCUGUGUUAUUCAGAGACUUUAAUUGUGUUAAUGUUUCUUGUGUGUUUGAACGAUAUGAAAUUUUACAUUCGUACAGUACAGGUUUAGGUACAUCUACUCUUCGCAUUAAGAGAUCUAUCAUUUUAGGAAAAUCUCUGUGUUCAUAUUCAUCAUUACCCAGAUCACCAUAUAUUGUCUGUAUGGUAAACUGCAGUUAACACAAAGGCAUUUGAACAGUCGUAGUUCAAGAUAUCCCUAACUCCAUAUCAGCACGAUGAGGAGUUUGCCAGAAUACACCCUACUAAUCGAUCUGUGGAGUUUGAUCUCAUUACACAUUUUAGUAAACCCGGUAAUCUAUUUAAUCAUAAUUUAUUCGUGUGAUUUAAGUUGAAGAAUUGUACUGGAUGGUGCAUUAGUUUCAACUUUGCAGAUUUUUUCACAGUUUUCAUUUCCAUAGGAAAAAUUUAACGCAUUAAACUCGCUUAAAAUCGAGUAAUUCGUAUUACUCUACGAUUCAUAUUGUUGCAGCCUUCUAGCUUACCACAACUUCUGUACGUGAAACCUUGCUAGCACGUUUGGAACAUGAGUCGAGUCGACCGUAGUGCGUGACAAAAGAAGCACCCAUAUUACACAAUAGUGAUAAAGUCUAAAGUAAACGUUCCUGAGAUUCGGGAUUUAUAGUUAACCAUGUUACAUUGUAACCAGGGAAAGAAAGUGUGUGAUUAUGUUGACUUUCACACCAGAAACGAAUUAUUUAUCAACAAUGUAUAAAACAAAAAACAGUCACAUCACUGUAAAGCGUGCUUUGGACUUGACAUGCGUGGCAGGAGGACUGCGUUCUUGCAAGCUUAGAGCACCAUGCGCUGAUUUGUCGAGUACAAGUCUGGCUUAUGUGUCCCUUGUGUAGAUUGUGUAGAUUGUUGCAUUAAUUUGAAAAUAUCCAGAUAAUAUUACUUAAAUACUAUAAAUUAUUAUGAUUAUUAUCAUGGCUUGCGUAUUUUACUCUGGUUAUCUCGAGAUGUGAGUCAAUUUUCGAGUAAGACUGAAAGAUAUGAUUCAGUUUGGAGUACUUUCUCGAAUUGCCCAUUUAGACCAGCUGUAUUGACGAGUUUUGUGAGAGAAUACGGUAGCGGCUAGUCCAGCGUUAUAGUUUCAGAUGGGACGCUGGAGAAGAGUAAAAUCAGUUGCCCCUUUGUACACUCCUAGUACAAUGAAACCUCGUUAGCACAGAACCUGUUAAUCCGGAAACAUAACCUUCCAAAGAAAUACUACCAGGAAUCUAUAUGUUAUCGAAGGAUUGUAUUGUAUAGUCAAGGUAAUGCGGCAAAUUUGUAUCUAACCAAUUUCGAUAGGAUUAUCACCGUCUGGAUUAACGAAGUUUCACUGUAUAUGACAACAUCAGUCAUUGCUAUACAUUGUUUAAAGUGUAGUAUGUUUUGGUUUUUUGUUGAUUUGUUAAAUAUAUCAUUUGAAGUCUAAUGCAAAUUAAGUUACUCUAUUUAUUUUCAUACACACAGCAUUAUUACUGUGUCUGUUGAAUACACGGUCAUUUCUUAAACUGAUAAAUGAAAUAUGUUGAACCAAAUAAACAAGUGAAUGUGAA